AUGUGGAAUAGUGAUACAUUGAUAUUUAGAAUACUUUAUGUAUUCUCUUGUUUUGUCUACGUCCGGGCACAGAAUGGGAGAUGUGCUUACAAUAUCAAUGUACAACCGGGACAGAUAUACAGUAUAGACUGUCCGAGAUAUAGUUCAUGUUAUUCUCAGUGCUCAUGGGCGCUUUCUUGUCCCUCGGGGUACAACUGUAGGGCGGACUGCCAAAUGAACGUGCCUGCGAAUCAGCAAUGCUCAAGAGCGCAAUUACAAGUUUCCAAAAGUGGUGACCCAAGUCUUCGUGAUGCUGAAGUGUAUUGUGGACAAGGAACUCUGACUGUAGUGUCAACUAAACAGAAUCUUAUUAUAAAUUUACUAACUCCUGACGGCGUGGGAUAUUUCUCGUGUAACGUAAUAACACAGCGUGUUCUACCACCACCAACCUGCAAUUGUGGUAUCAAGAAAGAUAGACGCAUAGUAAACGGUCAAGAUACCAUCCCAAAUGAAUAUCCUAUGAUGGUUGGUCUUGUGGAGCGUGGGAAAGAUACAUUUGUGUGUGGAGGCACCAUCAUCUCCAAGAAAUAUAUCGUCACAGCUGCCCAUUGCAUCGUAGGAAAGAUAGCCUCCAAUUUGGGGGUGGUGGUAGGAGAACAUGAUGUUUCACGAGGAGACGAUUCGACAUCGACCAAAGGCUACGCAGUUGCAGGUUUCAGAACCCAUCCCAAUUAUAAUAGUUCUACAUACGACUAUGACGUAGGUCUCCUAGCAUUAACAGAGGAUAUACAAUUCAGUAAGAACGUAAUGCCAGUAUGUUUACCGUUCAAGUUUGCAGGCUAUAGCUUCACUGGGGAAAAGCUUACUAUACUAGGAUGGGGUACUAUCUUUAUUGGGGGUCCGAAAUCAGAUGUCCUUCAGAAGGUCCAAGUAGAUGUGAUUAGUCAGAAUGACUGCAGCAAAUAUGUGUCAUCUCUGACCCCGCGUCAGCUAUGUACCUAUACACCUGGUAAAGACGCAUGUCAGUUCGAUUCAGGUGGUCCCCUGCUAUACACAGACAGAGAGACUAGUUUUCUCUUUCUUGCUGCCAUGGUGAGUAAGGGAGAGCUUUGUGCCGGUCUCAACAAGCCAGCAAUCAAUACAAAACUGACGGAAGUACUUGAAUGGAUUGUCCGGACAGCUCCAGAUGAAUAUUGUGAAAAAUAA